AGAUCAGCACAUCGGUAACUAUUACGGCAAGACCACUGCACACUUGUAAAAUGAGAGCGGCUGCGGUUGCGGUGGCGCUGCUGUUGCUGCAGGUGGCGGCGGUCGCAGCAGCACCCAGGAACGCCGGCUGCCUGUCCUCCGGAGAUCCUCGCUGUUGGCGCUCACACACAGGUACCGAUGAGCAGCAUCACGCUCUUGGGACACCAGACACUCAGAAAUCGUCGCUUACUCAGUCAAAGGUUGAGAAUGACAACUCAUGGCUGCAUUCUGAACAAGAGGAUGCUGAACAUGGAAGAAGUGAGCAACACUCAGUACAAAAUGUAAAGAAGAAACCUUUAUAUGGUUGGUCUAGUCUCAUAAAAGCCAUAAUUCAAGAGAAAGAAAACAGAAGCAGAAGCGAAGAAGAUGACAGCAGCGACAGCAGUAGUAAUGACAGCAAUGACAGCAGCGGAAGUGACAAUGAAAAUUCUAGUGGUCAUAACAGCGACAGCAAUGAAAGUGAUGGAGAUGAUAGUAACAGCAGUAGUAGUCAUGAGGAAAAUACUAGUGGAAAUAACAGUGGCAGUAAUGACAGUGAUGAAGAUGACAGUAGUAAUGAUGAUGAAAAUACUAGUGGUAAUAACAGUGGUAACAAUGAGAAUGAUGAAGACGACAGUGACAGUAGCAACAGCAGUAACGAUGAUGAAAACAACAGUGGUAAUCACAGUGGCAGUAAUGACAGUGAUGAAGAUCACAGUGGUAAUGAUGAUGAAAAUACUAGUAGUAAUAACAGUGGCAGCAAUGAGAGUGAUGAAGAUGACAGUGGCAAUAGCAACAGCAGUAGUAACGAUGAUGAAAACAACAGUGGUAACAACAGUCAGAGUAAUGAGGAUGACAGUGACAGUGGAAAUGGUGGUGGAGGCGAUAGUGGAGAUGGAGGCAAUGGUGGAAAUGGAGGAGAUGGUGGAGACGGAGGCAAUGGUGGAGAUGGAGGUGAUGGUGGAGACGGAGGCGAUGGUGGAGACGGUGGCGAUGGAGGUGAUGGCGGAGAUGGAGGCAAUGGAGGAGAUGGAGGCGACGGUGGAGACGGUGGCGAUGGAGGCGAUGGUGGAGACGGUGGUGAUGGAGGUGAUGGCGGAGAUGGAGGCAAUGGAGGAGACGGAGGAGAUGGAGGCGAUGGUGGAGAUGGUGGCGAUGCUGGUGAUGGAGGUGAUGGUGGAAAUGGAGGUGAUGGUGGAGACGGAGGUGAUGGUGGAGAAGGAGGCGAUGGUGGAGAUGGAGGCGAUGGUGGAGAUGGUGGUGAUGGUGGAAACGGAGGUAAUGGUGGAGACGGAGGCGAUGGUGGAGACGGAGGUGAUGGUGGAGAUGGUGGUAAUGGAGGUGAUGCUGGAGAUGGAGGCAAUGGUGGAGACGGAGGCAAUGGAGGAGACGGAGGCGAUGGAGGAGAUGGAGGCGAUGCUGGAGAUGGAGGUGAUGGUGGAGACGGAGGUGAUGGUGGAGAUGGAGGUGAUGGUGGAGACGGAGGUGAUGGUGGAGAUGGAGGCGAUGGUGGAGAUGGAGGCGAUGCUGAAGAUGGAGGUGAUGGUGGAAACGGAGGUAAUGGUGGAGAUGGAGGUGGUGGUGGAGACGGAGGUGAUGGUGGAGAAGGUGGUGAUGCUGGAGAUGGAGGCAAUGGUGGAGAUGGAGGUAAUGGAGGAGACGGAGGCGAUGGAGGAGACGGAGGCAAUGGUGGAGACGGAGGUGAUGGUGGAGACGGAGGCAAUGGUGGAGAUGGAGGUGAUGGUGGAGACGGAGGCGAUGGUGGAGAUGGAGGCGAUGGUGGAGAUGGAGGUGAUGGUGGAGACGGAGGUGAUGGUGAAGACGGAGGUGAUGGUGGAGAUGGUGGUGAUGGAGGUGAUGCUGGAGAUGGAGGCGAUGGUGGAGAUGGAGGCAAUGGUGGAGAUGGAGGCAAUGGUGGAGAUGAUGGUGGAGAUGGAGGUGAUGGUGGAGAUGGAGGCAAUGGUGGAGAUGGAGGCGAUGGUGGAGAUGGAGGCAAUGGUGGAGAUGGAGGUGAUGGUAGUGAUGGAGCUGAUGGAAAUGAUGAAGGCAGUGGUGGUAAUGAUGACAAUGGUCAGUCUGAUAAUGAAAAUGGCAAUGAUAAUGGAGGCAGUACUACAGAAGGUAAUAUUGGUGAUUGCCCUGCUGUGGGAAGUUGCCCAUUACAUGAAGAUGCCGGAUCAGAUGUUACUUUGCUGCCACAUGCAACUGACUGUGGAAAGUACUGUGUAUGUGAGCAUGGUAUUCCAGUAACCAUGCCUUGUCCUGCUGGACUCUACUUCAACCCAGAACUGAGAGUCUGUGAUUGGCCUUGGGCUGCAGGCUGUAAGGCACCUACCCACCUUGACGGUAUACCAUACUUCUUGGCACAAAUCUUACGCCGAAAUCAUUAAUUGAUUCCACUAUGUGUAUCAACAUAAUCUGAUGCAUAUAUACUAUUACAGGAGAAUGUAGCAGGAUGUAGCAGCUGUAACUAUUAUAUUGUUUUACAGUUAAUAUUUAUUGUACUUUGAGCACAAAUAAUUUUUUUAUUCAGUGAACAGACUUAUUUGUUUGUUCGAAUUGGAAAUAAAAUAUCCUUUGCGCAGCUUGAAAUAACUCUCCAAACUUUUAUCUAUUCAAUAAAUCCAUUUUUCUACCAUGUGUG